GCCUCGCCCUUGCACCUCACUCAACCCGAGCGCCACUUCUCCAAAGCAUCAGCGAACGAGCGAGCUGAGGGAGCGAGAGAGAGAAAAGGAUAGUGAAACACGAGAGAGCUAGGAGCCAUGGCGGUGGCGGCGACCCCCGAUGACUGCGGCAGCUGGUUGCUGUACCUGUCCCUAGCCGCCAAAUGCGCCGGCGGCGACCAGCCUCACCGCCUGGCCGGUUUCCUGGCGGUCUGCGCCGUGGCCUUCGUCGUCACUUGCCUCCUCCACUGGUGCUUCCCUGGAGGUCCGGCGUGGGGAAGGUGGUGGUGGACGACGCAGGCGCGGCGGGUCGCGGCGGCCGCCGUUCCGGGGCCGAGGGGCCUGCCCGUGGUCGGGAGCAUGUGGCUCAUGACGGGCCUGGCGCACCGCAAGCUGGCGGCGGCGGCGGACAGCCUCCGCGCCAGGCGCCUGAUGGCGUUCUCCCUCGGCGGCACGCGGGUGGUGGUGGCCGCGCACCCGGACGUGGCGCGGGAGAUCCUCAACAGCCCGGCGUUCGCGGACCGUCCCAUCAAGGAGUCCGCGUACGGGCUCCUGUUCCACCGCGCCAUCGGCUUCGCGCCCUACGGCGCCUACUGGCGCGCGCUCCGCCGCGUGGCGUCCACGCACCUCUUCUCCCCGUGGCAGGUCGCCGCCUCCGCCGCGCAGCGCGCCGUCAUCGCGCGCCAGAUGGUCGCCGCCAUGAAGCAGGAGCUGUCGUCGUCGUCGUCGGCCUCGGCCGGCUUCGAGGUCCGCCGCGUCCUGCGCCGCGGGUCCCUGCACAACGUGAUGUGGUCGGUGUUCGGCCGGCGGUACGACCUGGAGCUGGACCCGGCCAAGGAGAGCCCCGAGACGCGGGAGCUGAGGAGCCUCGUGGACGAAGGCUACGACCUGCUGGGCCAGCUCAACUGGUCCGACCACCUCCCCUGGCUCGCGCGCUUCGACCUGCAGAGCACCAGGUCCAGGUGCGACCGCCUCGUCCCGCUCGUGAACCGCUUCGUCGGCGGCAUCAUCGACGCGCACCGCGCCCGGAACGACCUCCGCUCCGCUCCACCACACGCCGUCAUGGACUUCACCGACGUGCUCCUCUCGCUGCCGGCCGACGACAGGCUCACCGACUCUGACAUGAUCGCCGUCCUCUGGGAAAUGGUGUUCCGUGGAACUGACACCGUUGCCGUGCUGAUCGAGUGGGUGCUGGCGAGGCUCGUGCUGCACCCUGACGUGCAGGCCCGUGUCCACGACGAGCUGGACCGCGUGGUCGGGCGUGACCGGGCCGUGACCGAGUCCGACUCGGGGUCACUGGUCUACCUGCACGCCGUGAUCAAGGAGGUGCUCAGGAUGCACCCGCCGGGCCCACUGCUGUCGUGGGCGCGCCUGGCCACGUCGGACGUGCAGGUGGACGGGCACCUCAUCCCCGCCGGCACCACCGCCAUGGUGAACAUGUGGGCCAUAACGCACGACCCGGACGUGUGGGCGGAGCCGGCGGAGUUCCAGCCGGAGAGGUUCAUGGGAUCCACCACCGGCGGCGAGUUCCCGAUAAUGGGGUCGGACCUGAGGCUCGCGCCGUUCGGGGCGGGCCGGCGCAGCUGCCCCGGGAAGAGCCUCGCCAUGGCCACCGUGGCUCUCUGGCUCGCGACGCUGCUGCACGAGUUCGAGCUGCUCCCGGCGCGCGGCGUCUACCUGUCGGAGGUGCUCAAGCUGUCGUGCGAGAUGGCCGUCCCGCUGGCCGUGACGGCGAGGCCCCGGCAAGCGGUGUGAUGACGCGUCACGGCGGCUGGGACGACGGAGCAGGCAGGCAGGCAGUCAGUUGGGGUAUCAGUCUCACUGUGAGCAUUAUACCACAACUACUAGUAGUACUACUACUGUACACGGAAUGGAAAAGCGCUUGUGCUUUUGGGAGACGUUGCUACCGGUCACAGCUUGCAAGUUGCUACUACUGGGUCGACAUGGGGUAUAUGCUUUUCAUGUUACUAUCUUCGAUAUGUAUCGAGAUCAGGUUGCCGAAUGUGAUACUUUGGCUUGUACUGUUAGCUUUUGUCUGGGUGCUCUUUUAUUGCUUUUUUUUUAAGUAGUAAUCGCUGUAAGACUCGUAAAAUGUAUAUGCUGGUUUGGAUGGUUUUGGAUUGUAGCUCACAAACUAGUAUUACGCAGUUCAAUGCCUUAAUAUGCUAUCUGUUCAAUCA